AUGCUGUCCCCCAGUGGCGACAGCGGGAAAGGCAACUUCUUCAAAAUGGAGCUGGAAGACACAAAAAGGAAGCUAUCCGAGGCAGUCCAGGAACACUCCUUCAGUAGCAUGCUCCAAAAGAUUGGAGGUAGCCCUAAGCACAGUCGGAAAAAGCAGGCCAUGCUCUCUAGGGGUAUGGCCCAGGACGGGAGCACGGACUCCAGUUUGGUAGAGUCACCAGCAAAGAAAAGAUCGGAGGAGAUUACGCAGGUUUUUGAAUGGCCUCCUUAUAAGCAUCAUCGCAGGACUUGCCCAAUUCACAACAAUCGGCAACAGCAAAGGGAUGAGGAGCUGGAGGUCUUUACUGACGGAGAUGUGGUCCAAAUAUCAGUCAGAGAAAAGGAAAUUACCUCACCUCCGCCCUUUUUCCAAGAAGACACUCGAAAUAUGAGCGAUCAACUCCCACACAUGAGUUUGUUUUGCAUUGGCAUUCUUUCGUAUGGAUACUUUAUCUUGCCUUUAGGGCCAUACUUCUCUGGCAUAGCCUUAGGCGUUGCUCUGGGCUUCUUGAUGGGACUCCUGCUUAUUAGACUGAGCACUGUAAACUCUGAUCAGACAGGUCUCAAAUGCCGAAAACCACAAACUUUGGCCGGAGAGGCUGUCCUCACAGGUGCCGCUGUAAGAUUUGAGUCUGACGUUCUAAAGGGCUGGAUGAAUGAGGUGUAUGAUUAUGACCCGGAGACCCACCGUGCCUCUCAGUCUCACUCGGUGUUUGCCACUCUGGAGGGCUCGUGUCUGCGCCUUGACUCCCCACGGAACAACAUCAGCCGCAGGGCCACGUACGGAGAGAGGCUGCCUGACACGGCCUUCGUGAAGACACGCUGCUUUGAGCUCACAAACGCCAAGGUUUCCCUGCUGCCCCCUGUGCUGGCUCAGAAGAGACAGUGGAACCCGAAGUACCCCAUGUGUCUGCAGCUGUGCCCCCCACAGAGUCCCACAGAGACGGAGGCGCAGCCAGACCAGGGCACCCUCUACCUGUUCGGACGCACGGGCCGAGAGAAAGAGGAGUGGUACCGGCACUUCCUCCUGGCGUCUGAGGAAGCUCCUGGGGAGGGGAGAGCCGACAGAUGCGUGGGCAAAUCUGGCGAUGUCCCUCUUCACACAGAGCUGACAGGCAGUCUGUGCUCCAGCAGAGGAGGCAGUGAGGAGGACCCCUGCAACCCCCCAGCCCCGGCCCCGGCCCCGAACCCUCACAGCAGCAGGACGUCCCCAGUGCUGGACUACCACAGCUACAUGAGCCGGCUCCUGUCCACAGCCGAGCUCAGCCCGCUCUGCAGCCCUGGAACCAGCCCCACCGGCCUCAGGGCACAUUGCACCUGUGAUGCAGCAGAGCAUCCUGGGAAAAGCCAAACAGCCUGGGUAAACGCUCUCAUUGGUCGAAUCUUCUGGGACUUCCUCCGAGAGAAGUACUACGCCGACAUAGUGUCUGACAAGAUCCAGAAGAAGCUCAGCACAAUCAGAUUGCCUUACUUUGUGAAUGAACUGACGGUGACGGAGAUGGACCUGGGCUUGGCGAUGCCUCUCAUCACCUCAACAUCCAAACCAGUGAUCAACGCUCGAGGUCUGUGGCUGGAGGUGCAGCUGGCGUACAGUGGGGGGCUGCAGAUGACGCUUCAGACCAAGUUUAACCUGUCCAAACUGGGAAAAGAAGGUGGUCAAGAAGCAGAACCGGCAGAGGAUAUAAAACCCUCUCGGUGCAGGCCGAUGCUCAGUGUGUUGGCCGACAGUGAAGAGGAGUCGUCCAGCGCCGGCUCGUCAGAUGAGGAAGAGCUUCUUCUGUCUGAGCCUCAGGGGCCAGUGGGGGGAAAGGGAGGGGCCCCCACCCCUAUAGAAGGCGCAGGAGGCGGCAAGACCGGCAGGAAGAUUUUGAGAUUUGUGGACAAGAUCACCAAAUCCAAGUAUUUCCAGAAGGCGGCGGAAAAUGAGUUUAUUAAGAAGAAGUUCGAGGAGAUGUCCAAAACGCCUCUGCUGCUCACCGUGGAGGUCCAGGAGCUUUCCGGAGCCCUGGUGGUCAACGUACCCCCACCCCCUACUGACCGCAUAUGGUACAGCUUCUGCUCACCGCCCAAGCUGGACCUCCAUGUGCGUCCCAAACUGGGGCAGCGUGAGGUGACCUUCUGCCACGUGACAGAGUGGAUCGAAAAGAAACUACAAGAAGAGUUUCAGAAAGUGUUUGUUUACCCCAACAUGGACGACAUCUGUGUGCCCCUUAUGCACCCAGGCCCGGAGCAGCCUGGGGCCCCCACAGAGCCUCUCCAGAGGGCCCCAGCAGAGCAGUGUGGCCCCCACUCCGACUAG